AUGCAGAAGCUCUUGAGACAGUUGAAGCGGAGAUACGGACCGCAAUUUGUAGCCCGCGUGCUCGUAGCCGUGGUCAAUGGCUGUGCCAAUAUCAAGAUGUUUGCAGCUGCUCACGAGCUGCUGCUGUAUCAGCAGACGUUGUGGCCGGAGAUUCGCUCUGGUGCUACUACUACAUACGCGACAUUGACGACGGGGUGGAGCGAGCAAAGUAAAACGCUGAUGCCGCCAUCAGUGGUUGGCCACCUGAUGGCCAAGAUGGGCCCAUUAUGCAAAAGGAACGCUGUCACUUUUUAA